AUGAAGUCGACGAAAGUGCCGUUUUCGUACAUACGGGCCAAACCGCUGGACCUAUCGUUCGAAGACCUGGAGUCGCUGGAGUCCAGCUCGCUGCGCGUGUUCUCCACGGGCUUCGUCAGCUCGUACCGGAUGCUCGGCGUGCCGGCCGGGCGCGACGGCCGGUACAAGACGGCGUCGCUGUUGCUGGGCCACAACCGGCUGACCGGCGGCCUGGACGACAUCCGGCAGCUGGUCGACAGGCUGUUCCGGCAGCCGGACGCCCUCUGCUGGCUGGACCUGUCUCACAACCGGCUGACCGACGUGUCGGACGCGCUGCUCGGGUUCCCGAACCUGAGCACGCUGUACCUGCACCACAACCGGUUGGCCAGCCUGUGCGUCGUGGCCCGGAUCGACCGGCUGCCGCGGCUCAGGUCUCUGACGCUGCAGAACAACCCGGUGGCCGAGCACCGCGGUUACCGUACCGCGGUCUUGACCGCGCUGCGCAGGAUCACCCGGCUCGAUUUCGUCAGCGUGACGGGCGGCGAGAGACGUCUGUUGCCACCCACGCCUUUGCAAGGUUUCAUCAAGAACUAUUUGAUGCGCCGUUGA